AACUUUUAAGGAAGCUCCAAACCAUCGAAGAAGAAAAACGGAGUCUAAUGAUCAGAAUCCAAAUGUACAUACAUUAGAGGAGAUGGUUCAUCAGCUGCAGCGUGAAAACGCAGACAAGGACAAAACUAUCGCAUAUAUAUUAGCGAUUAUUCAAUCAAAUC